UAUAUAUAUAUAUAUAUAUUGCUCCCUCGGAAACAACCUAAAUUGGAAACCAUAAUAUUCUAGCUCCAGACUUAUUCAACACCAAGUCUAAGAUCUUCUGCUACUUGUUCUUGUUCUUGUUCUUCAUCUUCUUCAUGGGUCUUCAAGAAGCUAAGGUUGGUGGUGAUCAAAAUAGGAAAGAAAGCGAGAUUGGUUAUCAGGGUUUUGAAGAUAACUGGGUUAUAAAGGAAGACUACCCUGAAGAUAUUUGUGAUUCAAGAUCCAUGGACUCCAUGGAAUCGUCUUCGUCUUCGUUUUCAUCAGAUUUGGUCGAGGAUGCAUCUUCUUCUUCUUCUUCAUGUUCAAAUGGACCUCUUUAUGAAUUAUCUGAGCUCAUGAUUCAUCUUCCUAUAAGGAGAGGUUUAUCGAAGUAUUAUCAAGGAAAGUCGCAAUCUUUCACAUCUCUGGGAGGUGUGAAGAGCUUAGAGGAUCUUGCAAAGAAGGUGGCAGCACCCUAUAGAAGGAAAAUGAAGCCAUGCAAGAGCUAUGGAGGUGGUUUAGAUCAUGGUCACAAAUCUUAUAGUACAAGUCCGAAAGGCAUUAUCUCAAAGAAAGCUAUUUCAAAGGGUUCUUUCUUAUAUUCCAUAAGUAGUAAUACCAAGAGGAAAUAAUGCUUUCCUAGACAGAAGCAUUUCUUGCAUGGAAUCUGUAUUAGGGAGUUGGUUUUUUAAUCUGGGCUUUUUGUUUGCCUGGAAUCGUUAUUGUUCAUCUGGAACAUUUUGAGGAUUUACAAUUUUUAAAUUGUUAUGGCGGGUCAUUUGUACAUAGUGAAAUUCCAUCACCUUUCUGA